AUGGCACUAUGUUUGCUAUCUUAUAACCUCACUUAUCCAAGAACACUUGCUAACGACAUCAAUUAUGUAUACCGGACUCCUUACAGCUUAAACCUCAUUUCUGCUUCCCCAGGUCUCUUCAAACCUCAUAAUGUGGGCAUUAUCGGUGGUCACAGCAUCACCAUCGACAAAGCACCGUACAUCGCGUCUCUCCGCCUGAACGGAACUCACCACUGGUGUGGCGGCUCCAUCAUUCAUGAGCGAUUCGUAAUGACAGCUGCUCACUGUAUAGUUCCGAACCGAGAGUUCAAAGUCCUCGUUGGGACAGACAAGGUCGACGAAGGAGGAAAAUUGUAUGAUGUUGAGAAAAAAAUUAUACACCCGAAAUAUAACAACCUGACCAGCGAUUACGAUAUUUGCAUUCUUAGAUUGAACGAGUCUUUGAGUUUUUCAACGAAAGUAAAUAAAAUUGCUUUGAAUGACCGUAAGGUUAGGCUGAGAAGUAGGACUAUGCUCAAUGCCACUGGAUGGGGAUAUACUCAACCUGAAGGAAAAAUAUCACAGUAUCUUCGCCAAGUAACGAUACCUGUGGUAGAAUCCUUUUCUUGUCAACUGGUUUAUGGACUUAAGACUAUAAUUACCAAAAGAAUGUUCUGUGCUGGAGGAAACGGGAAGGAUACUUGUAUGGGUGACAGCGGUGGCCCCUUAACAAAGGACAACGUUCAAGUUGGACUGACGUCAUUCGGAGCUGGAUGUGGCAAAAUACCAGGAGUGUAUACUAAAAUAUCAGUGCUACAUAAGUGGAUCAAAAAAACCAUCAAUCAGAAUUUUAAUAAUUAAAUA